UCUGUGUAAUAAAGCGCGGAAGUACCGCAGGGGAAUUCCUCGACAGUCUGCUCCUGUCUGAGCUUCUGUAGAUACUUUUCAUCUGAUUUACUUGGUAAAUUUUGAUACUGCCAGCCCGGUGGGAUUGAAGAUGUUGGCCAAGCUGAGCGCCUGUGGUUGAAUAUUUACCGGGCCGUGUUGUUUUGGCAGAUGUCAUCCGGACUGUCUCCUCAAAGCGGAUCUGUGUUAGCGCAGAGUUAAAACACUGUUGACGGGUUAAAGAAGAGCCAUGGUCCAGCCGCAGCCGUCAGGGGGAUGCACUCUGCAGCGGGAGCUGACUGGAGAGGAAACUGUUGGGGCCGGAAGUCAGGGGUCACUGAUGGCCAGUUCACAGGGAUCACUGAGGGUCCCUCCUGAAUUAGCAGGAAAUGAGGUGGUUCAUCGACUUAUCACCGAUAAUAACCAGCUUCGAGAGGUGCUGAAGCAAAGCAAUGAUGCUCUAAAGGAGAGAUGUGAAGAAAUGGAGGGAUGGCAGAGGAGGUCGAGGGAGGAACGAGAGUUCCUGAGUUGUAGAUUUCGUGAGGCCAGAGCCUUAGUGCAGCGACUGGUGCAGGAAAACCAGAGCUUGUUUGGGCAGCUCAACCACACUAUCAGUCAAACAGGAAGUCAAAGUGUUGAAUUCUCUAAGGAGACUGGAAGUCAAGGUCAGGCCCAAGAGCUAAAGUGCACUAAUACAGAAAUAAAUGCCCUCAUGGACACACCAGAAUUAUUAAAUAAAGCCGCUCUGAUAGAUCGAGCUGAAGGAGACACUGGCAGACACACAAUCCCACAAAGUUUGCCUGCUGAGGGCUCUAAUGAAUUUCUAAAACUGCUAAAAAGCCACAAAGAGAAGAUGGAUGAAGGUAUGAGAGCACUGAGGAGGAGGAAUGAGGAACUGGAGAAGGAGAAAGCAGAGAGUGAAAAGGAGAGGGAAAACCUUCUCGCCUCCGUGGAGCAGUUACGCUCUAAACAGGCUCAGAAUAGUCCUGUUACUGAAGAGUCAGUGCAGCAGACGUGCGCUCUAACUGUUCCUGUGGAAAGCUCUCACUUGGGCAAGCUAACAGAGCAGCUUCAGGCUACACAAGGCAGAUACAGGGAGCUCCAGGAUAAGCUGGACUGCCUUCAGAAGAACUCUGUUCAGAGAGACCGAACUGAAGCUCUUCUCAAACAGAAGGAGAAGGACUUUGUUCAGCUGACAAAGGAGAGUGAAGCUCUGAGAGCUCAAGUCACGUCUCUUUUCGGUGAGCUAAAUGAACGACAAAACUGGCUAGAGAAGAGUGAAUUAGAGAGACGACAUUUAGAGGAUAAGCUGGGCAAGAAGACAGAACGCUUGCAGACUUUAGAGCGAGAGAUAGAUCAGCAGAAAAAGCAGCACAGUGUGACGGUGGACAAUCUUCUACUGCAGACACAGAACCUGGAAACUGCACUGAAGAACGAGAGGCUCGUCAUCGUAGAGGAGAGGAGGAAGCUGGCUCAGCUCCAGCAUGCAUACACAUGCCUGUUUCAGGAUUACGACAACAAGCUUAAAAGUGAAAAGCAAGCUAAUCACCGGAGCGGUGAGGCAGAUACACUGGCUAACAGGUUAGCAGAGGCAGAGAAAGCUCUCGCUUUGAAACAGGAUCUCAUCGAUAAACUCAAGGAAGAAACUGAGCAGCUGAGAGCUACUUUGGAGACUAUACCAGUGCUUAAUGCUCAGGCGGAGAUCUACAAGAUGGACUUUUUGGCUGAGAGGGAAGCCAGAGAGAAACUGAAUCAGAAGAAAGAGGAGCUUCAGGAGGAGCUUACAAAGGCAAUGGCUGAGAUAGAUAGACUCAAACUAGAGGGAACCUCACGAGCUCGCAUAGAGGAGAUGCAACAGAGGCAUUUGGAGGACUUCAGGCCUCGACCACUUCUCCCACCUGCUGCACCCUUCCAAAGAGCAACCAUGUUCAACCCAGCCCAACCUCCAUCUGCGCGCAGAAGGGAAGACGAUCAAGAAGAGCUGCCUGAUUAUCGCUGCCCCAAAUGUAUGUACAAGGCACCGGACAUGGACACCCUGCAAAUUCAUGUCAUGGACUGUAUCCAGUGAGAGGAUGAGAGGUUCAGGUAUUCUCUUAACCUCUGUGUGAACUCUUAAAAAAAAAAAAAAAAAAGAAAAGAAAGAAAAAAAGACCUUGAACAUGCUAAAGACAACCAGAUGAGAACAAUCUGAAAACAUUGAACAUUUGCUUCUGCUGCAGAGUGACUUGUUAAAGUAGACACAUGGCAGAUAUUUUUUAUCUUUGUGGUUAUAGAGCUGCCACCAUGUUCCAGUACAUUUAGUGUAGGUAAAGCUCAUCUGUUCUGCCUUUCAGUGACUGCAUAGUCUAAUGUACUGCAUGUGUGAUUGUUUGUGUCUGCUUUAUGUCUGCACACAUCUGACAGUGACAAUGUUUCUUUUAUACCUGUGGUAUUUUUUUCUCUGGAUGUAUGCUCUCUUGAGGAUUCAUGCAGGCCUGUAUUAAUAUUGUGUAAUAUCAGCCAAAGUGAAUAUGGAAAAAACAACUUUGUACAGACUAUUGUUAUGAAGAAAUUUAAAGAAAUAAAAGUAUGAAUGUUA